AUGCAUGUGCCACUGAGCGACAUCAAGGCGUGGUGUCGUUUGCGUCCUGGCAGCGACAGCAACCGCAGCAGCAGCAGCAACCGCAGCAGCAAACGCAGCAGCUCCUGCUCAUGUGGUUGCUUCCAGAAUGCGUUGUCAACCACGCUCAUGUUGGCGCUGCUGUUGGUGCUGGGAAGCGCUGGGUUUGGCUAUGCCGUGAACGUGGACCAGUGUUCUGGCACAGAGACCAUCUCCCUGACAGCCUUGAACACGGACCAGCUCGGCUUCACUGGAUCGCAAACGUGCGAUGUCGUGUACCCUGCCGUGACAUCCAUCAACUACCACAGCAUCGUGGCCACGGGCUCCGGCAGCCUCACCGUGCACAUGCCGGUCGUCACGACCAUCUCCAACCUCUUUCUGCGAGCACAAGAAUCGGCCCACCUCACCGUCAUCAUCGGCUCUCCAACCAACCCCGUACUGUACACCGUCAACGGGUUCCAAAUCACCAGCAGCACUACAGGAAGCCUUGAUGUGUAUGUGUAUGGCAUCUGCGCUGGCUCGUGGAUCAAUUUGAGCGUUGCGCUGGUGCAGCCGCAAGCGGUCGCCAAUCUCCGCAUCUUCGGGUUCUCCGGCGUGAGUCGCAGCAGUGCAAUCAUGCCUGGCCUCGUCACGUGGAACGGGGCUGUGUAUCCACCAGGAACGUCGCAGUGCAGUGGACCACCCUUCCCGGACCCGGUGGCGACGACCACGACGACAACAACAACGCACAGCAUCGAAAUCAAUGGCGUGCCUGCAAGCACGGGCUUCAAGGGCGUCUGGCGAAAUGGCAGCGCGGUGGGGAUUGGCCGAAAGCGGUCCGCCAGCGGCCACAGCACGCUCGUCAUCGCUGCACUGGACGUCGUGCACGUGCACACCAACGCCACAUCACCACCAGCACCACCUUCAUCGCCAUCGCAAUAUGACGAGAGCUCCCAACAGCAGCAGCAUCAGCAGCAGCAGCAGCAGCAGCAGCAACAACAACAACAACAACGGCCACGGAUUGAGCGCAAGCAAGGCAGCGAUGUCAUCUCGUUGCAUGCAGGCAACGUGCUGUGGAACGGGAAAAUGUUUGACGUCAACGCGCUGGCCCUCGAUGCCUUCAAGGACGAGGAUGACGCAACAGCGCUGCUUGUGGUGUCGGGACAGGCAAAGAGUGGCAGCGGCACACAGCGGGUGCAGUGCUACACGGUGGCCAUGGACACGUGGACGACGCUCCCCCCAUAUCCACAGGUGGUGUACCGCAGCCAGGCUGUUCAGCGACCCGACGGUGUGGUGGUGGUGACCGGUGGCUACAACGGUCACGCCAACGUUGUGCCAGCGACAACCAAGACAUACACGCUUCGCAUGAGGAGCGGGUGUGCGGUGGAAAGUGGCGCUGUGUGGGAGGCUGGCCCGAGCAUGAACACGGCACGCAUGCUGCAUCACACGACCGUUGACCAUGCAGGUAACGUGUUUGUGUUCGGCGGAAUGGCAGGGCGUGGCCUUGGCGCAGUGCAGAGCGUGGAGGUGUGGCAAGCGCACGCGCUGGCGUGGGAGCCGGUGGUUGUGGACAACAACCUGAUGCCUGCGCGGGUGCUGGGCAGCAAGUGGCUGGUGGAGGAAGCGGGGUCAUCAUCAACACCAGCAACAGAGCGGCGAUUGCUGGCCGCAACACAGCCCCACCUGUUGUUCCCGACUGAGGAUGGGAAUGCUGGUGAUGGCUACCUGCGGUUGACAGUGAAUGGCACGUGGGAGGUGGCGCCUGUAUCCAGAACCAGCAUCACCACCCAACCUCAUUUUGCAGCCGCCGCGCCAAGAUCGGCGUUGUCGGCACUCUCCUCGUCGCUUGCAUACGUGUACCGUGAUGGAAACACAGGCAGCCCUCUACAGCUGGUGCAGCUGCGCGAAGACAGCAACACGUGGACGGAGACGACGGUGGUGGAUGGAUCGUCCAGUGCCUUGGAAUCGCUCUACAACCCCACCAUCAUCACCGUGCGGGAUGCCGUGUACAUCCAAGGUGGACUGGACAAGUCAAGUGGCACGCUGCCCGCAUCGCGCAAGCUGUAUCGAGUGGACAUUACUGUGGAUGGCAGCAGCAGCAGCAGCAGCAGCGCCAGUGCGACUUUGCACCAGCUCGCGUCGAUGCCUGAUGGAGGCCAGGAGCGCGCUGGCGUGUGUGGACUGGCGUGA